AUGGAAGCUGCCGCCAAAGAAGGUCUGUUUGACACGAUCAGAUUUCUGUCAUCUCAUCGAACGGAGCCGUUUGGAGUCAAGCCCUUGGAGGCGGCAGCAAAAGGAGGACACAUCGAAGUGGUGCACUGUCUCUGCCACAAUCCAACUGUAUUGCAGUGCAGCGAUUGGGCCUUUGCAGGCUCUGUCAAGCAUCCCCAAGUAUUCCAAUUCCUGGUCUCGCAUUUCCCGAGCGACUUUGAACGCAUGGACAUUCAACGCUUGAUGUAUCUGACCAAUGCAUGCGAUCGUGAUCCGCAGACCCUCGUUCAGGUUCUGGAUAUACUUGUUCAGAUGAAGGUUCAGCGCCUACAGAUCAACGAACAACUAGCCAUCAAUAUGAAAGAUUUCUUGGCCAUAGUCAUUCGCCACAACUAUCACAUAUGCCUCAUUCGAACAUUUGAAACAUUCGAUCUGACCAACUUGUUGUUGCCAGCAUUGCAUCUUUCCAUCCAAUAUGGACAACUCCAUCUCGUCCGGUAUUUCCUCAACGCGUUUCGCAAAGAUCAAUAA